CUAAGUGAGCACCAGGAGGGACCUCUGAGAUGUAAAGAACACAGCACGAACAAGGCAUCGAGCGUCUGCCACACGAGGAACAACAUGCCUGAAAAUUGGAGAAAUUGAACUUCUCGUCGAUGAAGUCGCCAUCUCGGAUACUCCCGAACAUAUUCAUGGCCGAGAUGGCGGCCGCACAGUAUAUCUGCAUAGUGACACACGAUCGAGCCGCACGCACCAUCACAUACGCCUUCCUCUCUGUAUGGGCUCUGCGUACGCACCAGGAAGAUCAACAGGGCGAAAUUGCCCACACUGGGCAGCACCAAGAGCAAGGCGCUGAGGAUGGAUCGGACUGAACGAAGGAAUGCCAACCUGACACAAGACAGAGACAGAAAGGAGGCAGUCUCUGGCUCAUGAGUGCACUGCGAUGUGCGUGUCUCACUCACUCUCCGAGAAAAGUAAUGAUCCUCAAACAGCAGAACGCGCCCAAACAUCUGAAGUAAUACGGCACGCCGAACUGCUCCAGCUGAAUGCCGACGUAGCAAAGCAAGGCAAGGAUCACGCACAGUUUCUCCGACCUGAAAUGGAAACAUAUGACACAGCAUUCCACACAACUACAUCACAAAGUGAGAUGCGUAUUCUUUAGUUGACGGACGCUGGUCUGAAGAAGGCUUUGGUGCCAGCGGAAGACCACUUGAGGGCAAUCUCUACGAAGUAAAUGACCGUAAAGAGGUAGUGCAGCCUGAACUGCUGCUCGGUAGUGCCUUCCUCCUGCCCCAGGUGAAAAGACGAUAGCACACUGAUGUGGACGGUCACUAGUACGGCCAUGAAGGCGCCGAAAGCAUCGGAGAAGACGUAUCGGCCCCACCAUGCCACAGAGCCCAAGAGCACAUCUCGCCACUUGUCUUCAUUGGGCAUGAGCAGAUGUUCCAUUGUUUUGUACCACCGUCGCUGCUUCACCGUCAUCAGGACGCGAAGCCGGUCUGAUCGAAAAACACACAGACAGAGACAGUUUUGCCGAGAGGAGACACGCAUCGCCGUGAGUGUCCUCACUUCUGUGCGCUCUUUUUUCCCUUUGAGCUUGGUAUUGGUCGAUCAUGACGGAGGCAAGGAGGUUGAGGACGAUAAAAACCCCAAGCCAAAUGAAUAGCACAAAGAAUAGGCUGGCAAACGGAUUCGCCUCAUGUUUGGGGCCCUUGUUGUAGCCUUCGAUAUCGAUGGCACGGUACAUGAUGUCCGUCCAGGACUCAAGAAAGGCCACCUGCCACACACACCACAGGCACAAAGCUACGCACAUCUCUUCACAACUCACCAUACCUCAAACAUCGCAGAUGCUGCCCCGAAAAACGAAUUAAAGUUGGGCCAGUGGUGCACCCACUCGCCUCCAUAUCUCUCACAUUGAUCUUUGUCCACCAGAUCGUCGGGUGUGAGGCCCUCUAGGGGAUUUGUCGGCGUAAAAUCGUCGCCCAAAAGAGACAAGAGACCUUUGUCGCUCACGCCAAUUGCACACUCGCCAAAACGGCCUGCAGACGCGGCGCAAGAGAAGUGGUGUGCUUCAUUUGUUGUGCAGCGAAUUGGCUGACCAAUAAAGAAAUGAAGACCCAGCAAUAUGAACAGAAGGUACCUGCAAGGGGUCAAUAAUGCGAAAUAUCACACCAUAUUCUGCUAUUGACACCAUGCUUACGUCAUAAGCACCAGUAGCAAAAUAUUCCCCGUUUUUCUUAAGCUUAUCAGCACACACGAUGUUGCUUUGCGGAGUCCAUCCAGGUGUCGAAUCAUGCGGAAAGGCCGCAUGCCCCUUGCGCCCACGACAACGUGUGCCUGUGUGUGUGCAGCCAUCAAGCCCCGCACCCAAUGUCUCUGUUUGCACCGGUUCUGUACUUAUGCGUACAAAUCUGAGCCAGCCAAGGCCAAUCUUCUCUUGCAUCGCCGAUAUUUCCUCGGCCGCCACAUCGUGGCUGCUGUCUGCGAAGAUGGACGCAGUAGGAACGAUAGCGAAUGUGACAUAGUAACAUGUGAUCAAAUCCACCCAGGCUGCAGAAAUGGUGCCCAGAAUGUUGAAAUAGAAAGAGUGCCUGGCCCUCAUCAUCGAGCUCACCGAUGAGGGUCAUGACGGCGUCAAAAAUGUUGAAGCCAGAACGGAAAUAGCUGUCGGGCUCUUUCCACAUCCCGUAGAUCCAUACUUUGACGCCGAUGUCCACGGUAAAGAAGGGAACGAACAGUGUAUCUGCGGCUGCAUAUAGGUACUGCAUGCAACCAUAUAUAAGAAUACGGGCCCUCAUUGUACGAGAAGAUAUGAUCGCUUAGUUUUUUCUACACGCACCUGCAUGGCCCAAAGAGCGAAGAAGCCCUCACUAUGGUUGGCGUCAGAGGCAGCUACGAUGACGUGAAGCAGCAGCGUAAUGUAAUAUAAACGCCAGUACCACCUGCUGCUAACUAACAUUCUCGCCUUCUGCCUUCUUCUUUGGGGUGCAUCGCCAGCACUCUCACUGACGGCCGUCUGCAAUGAAAUCACUGCAGGCUGGUUAUUGGCUGAGCCACUCCAUGGUUUCGCCUCCUCCUUCAUCCCAGUAUCAUCAAUCGACAUGGCGGCCUCAGCGGGCAGGCCGUACAGUGAGGCACCGUUUCUGUUGCUCCGUCUCGGCGGCCUGGUGGUUGUAUGGACUGAGAUGCCAAGCGAUGCAGCAGGGGCCGAGGGAUAUUUCCCAAGAUCUUUGUCUGUGCAGCUUUUGAGCCGUUUGAUUUGCCGGAGAGUAAGCGGAUCCCAGUAGAGAAGAGUCUGGAAGCGGCUCGGUAUGCCCGUCUCGGUCUUCUUACCGCCGGUUAGCUCGUUUUCCGUCUCUAUGGAUUCUUUUGCCGGUAUCGUGCCCGCUGUCCGACGCGCAUAAUAGUGCUCAAUCAGGAUGGCGAGGAAGAUGUAAAGUAAGAGCCAGUUGUUGAACGCGAGAAGAAAAACAAAGUACAAGACAGCGGCAGACCCGCGGGCUGCAAUCGCCUCGUACAUGAUCUCGGGCCAGUCCUCUUCAGUGAGGACUUGAAAUACCGUGAGAAAGGAGAAACCAGUGGUGUUGAAGUGGCUGCGGACAGAUGGGGAGAACAUCUGAUGAAGGGGUCAUAAGAUGAGAGACACACACAGAAGUGAGACUCACAGGAACUGACUUCUGUGCAUAUCAUUCAGCUGUCCCCGCUCCAUGCUUACGUUUCGAAAGAGCGCCGUUCCAAGGACUCCACUGCAUACAAGAUUCAACACCAUCUAUGGGUGGAUGGGAGGGGGCAUAGACACGCAAUAAGACACUCUAGGGAUGUAGGUAUAAAUGUGUCCGUUGCCCACCACCACAAUCAAUGCCGCAAGACCCUUGAGAGCCGCCCCCAGGUCGGUGAGGAGGUCUUUUAGGGCGCUAAGCCUUCGAAAAUUCUCCAGGAGCCAAUAAUACACCCGAAGGAUUCGAAAUACUCCCAUCGGUCGAUAAACCCCAAUCGGAAUCACGAGGAGGACAUCCAAUUUAUCCACCCAAGGCCUCUUGAAGAUUGUCAGCCUCAGCGCACUGAGCCGCAUCAGUGUGACGAAAUAAAACUCGAGCUCAGCAAAGGACACGACUUCCUCCAGCGAUUCUAUGAAGCUUCGAGGCUGCUCAUAAUUAUAGAUGCCCAGGCAGAUGACGUGGGCAAAUGCAGAAGCGAUGUCGAGGGCCUCAAAGAUGGGAUGGCUGAUGAGUGCAAAGAGAAAGCGACGGAAUCCAGAAUAGGACCACGCUCUGGCAUCGAGCAGGGCAAGACGAAAUCUGGCAAUAUCGAUUAUAUCCUCAAGUAUUUUCAGCCGGGUCCUAAGGCGCUCGUAAUCUCCCUCUGUCCGAGCUGUUGAGUGCCAGAUGAACGAUGCCCAUUUUCUGUGUCACACCGGACAUGAUGGUGCGCGUGAAACAAACCUGAAACAAAGUCGCGAUUAAGGUGACUUUGUAUCCCCUCCAACUGGCCGCGAAGCUCCUCGUUCGAUUUCUCGGCGAUGUCACGUCGAGCCGCAUCAAGCCUGCAUGCAGAUUCGGAUCAUGGGGGCCGGCGUCGGCAAAAUAUACGAAACUUACUUUGUUUGAAGCCUAAUGCCCUCAACGACGUCGUCGUCAGGGGAGUGUCCCUUAAGUGUCUGUGUCUGCAGCAAAACGAGAUAUGCAUCCAUUCAUGGCAUUACUACCAGGCUGACACAGGACAGAGAAGCUGUGUCUCAUUGUGCCUUACGUUGCUGCUGCUCAGGAGUGCAAAAGCGUCGAUGCUCUUCUCUCUCUGGCGUGUUGCAAUCUUGUCAGUUUUUGCCACUGGCUCCUUAUUGAAAAUCCCAAAAAAUGCCGGUUUACGCCUCCCGUCUGUGUCUCGUAAGCGAGCCAGCUCUCGUUGGACGAGCUCUUCUCGCAGCUUGUGAUUUCUUUUCGCCUCGUGGAUCAUCGCCCGAUUAUUCUCAGCAUAGGUGACAAAGACAGUCGCCGCAAUCGAGGUGAUUAUGAAGAAGAAAGCUGCGCGAGACAUGACAGCGACAAGGUUUUCGACACAGCAGCCUCUGUGUCCGUACCGAUGAGGUAGAGCGGGAUGAAAUAUAGGUAGAUGGCAGGGUUGCCUGCACCGUCCUCGUACCAUUGAAGGAUAUCUCUCCAGUUCUCCAAGCUUAUAAAAACGAACAGAGUCAGCCACGCAUCGGCUUGAAUAUGAAGACGAAUUAUCCCCGACACAAGACAGAAAUAGAAAGGAUGCAGUGUCUGUCUUGUGUGUCUUGUCAUUUCGUAAGAAAGAGCCCGACCUAUUUGGUCCAUUCCAAUCAAUCCUCCGUUGGGAUUGAUCCCGUACCACAUGCAGCGCUAAGAACAACACAUAGCAAGGCAGCAGAGGCUGAGAUCUGGACUUCACACGUCGCUUUUCAUACCUGUGUAGCUUCACAGCUGCUGCGUCGGAUGGCCGACAUCUUACCAGAGCACACGUGCUCCACAUCCCAUGUCGCUGUCGUUACAUUGUUGGCAAAUGCUGGCACACCGCCUCGCGUCGUGAUCCCUAGCUGUACAAAUUUACUUGCACCACCGCCUGUCUCCUCUUCUCCUGUGACUGUAACAUUGCUGAGCCGAUUCACAAGAAUGCUGCUGAUGCGAUGCUGUAACGCCUCAAAGGACGUGACGAACCCAAGCAGGGCCAUCUGAAUCUCGGCAAGGACGCCAGACAGAGGGAAAAACCAAACGAAAGACGCCGUAGUCGACGCGAGUCUCCUCUCUGAAAACACAGAGAAUGCUGCACCCGCCCUGAGCAGCUUGAAGAGGUCCUUCUCGUGGACUGGUGUGAGGAACUUCCUAAAUCCUGGCGAUGACGCUCCUCCGUAGGUGGACAGGUGUCCACCUACAGAAACUGUCUGGUUGUGGAAGAGAGUGACGCUUGUCCUCAGCCGCCACAUGCGAGACGUCUCGUAGGGUAGAGGUGAGGAGGAUCCUGCUGAAGAAGAGUCGCAGUAGUCUCGCGCGUUGAAAACGAACCAUGACUGGGCGAUCUCUUCAGACAGCUGUUUAGCAGCGGAAUGCUGAUCGAACGCAUGCAGCUGCGCCACAGCACGGACGACGAAGAAGGGUGUGGUGGUGAGAUUAUUACAUAGCUGCUGAGUCCCCGCCCUGGACAUCGUUUGGUUCAUCGGCGUCGCCCGUCUCAGCAUUUCGGCUGGUGUAUGGAGCUCAAAACUCACCUCCGCCCACAGCCCCACUGCCAAAGAGACAAGAUGAAGAAGACGGAGAUGCUUUCGUAGACACGAAUGCAUCUGUGUAGGUACUUUGCAGCGGAGGAAAGGACGUUGUCCCCCGCAGAUCGUCCAUGUGAGGCGGCGCUUCGUGCUCGACGAAGAAACGAGACAUUGGAGAGGGAAGUUGCUCUGUCUCGGUUCCAUUGUAGGCAAACAUUCUCCCUCUCGACAGCCAGAUGCCAGCGUUAAGCGUCGCAAACUGGUCAAGGGACUGAGGGUAAUAGAAAGAAGCUUCAGCAGCGAUGUCGGCAGCUGCUUGCUCGGCAGCGAGGAAUGGAUCGGGAAAUCGAAUGUUGUUCAGGAAAGAAGAAGACUCCCGGAGAAACAUCAUCACCUCAGACGUGUUGGUUUCCUCAUUCUUGACAGGUCCCUUCAUGCGGACUCGCCCUUUUCCAGUCAAUGUCUCGUUUGCUGCGUCCGUUAUGGCGCAAAGCAUCUCAAAGAGCGAAAAGUCUGGCGCCAUCUGCAGUGAUCGCCAAACGAAGUCGUCUGAAGCGAAAAAAGGUAUUGGAAAUGUUGGAAAGGUGAACGGAAAUGACACAAUUGCCGACCAGCGAUCUCGGAGUCCCUGUCGACAACGGUGGUCCACUCGCCGUCUUCAACAGUCACUCGAAUAGGAGGCAAGUCAAAUAUGGCUGGGAAGUUGAUGGUGCCAAGAGGGGUAAAACCGUUGGGUGUCAACUCAUAGCUAGUCGUUGCCUUGCACCUGCAGCAAGACACCAAAGAAGGUAGCGCGCGUCGCUGAUUCCAUUGCCCUUGAGCAUAUAUAUCAUUUAUGUUCCUCUAAUACGCGUCAGUCUCACCUGUGCAACAAGAGUCCGCUGAACAUGUGGAUGCCUAUGAUCCUGAGGGCGUAGAUGACGAAGAGUGGACGUUGUGAACAAAUAUUGGACAUCUUUUCAUACCCAAAUACGACGAACAUCAUGAGGGAGAGAAGAAGGACUUUCCACAGUUGUGCUGUAGAGGUUCCAACACAAGCCACAAUCAUCCGCGUAUGAGGGAUGUAGAUAGAGAGCAUGAAAGGUCGCCAGUUGAGCAGCACACGAAAACUCAUCCACACGGGGGAAAGCCUAUCGACAUCAACAAACACCAGCUCACUUAUUGUCUCAAGCGUGCCGUACAUUCAAUUGCUCACGUACAUAAGGAUCGUCCGCCAGAGGGCGUCAUGGCUUUCAUCUGUGUCAGCUGCUCUCUCUUUCCAGUCCAUGAGGCUCAUGCGAUGCAAGUCCUCUCCCUCCAGAGAUAGUCUCGAGGCGAAAUUGUACACGAUGCAUGCCAGCACCAACUCAACGACGGAGACAAGGUACGCGGCAAAGAACGGCAUCUCGUCUGCUCUGCGAAAAAAGCCUCCCUUUUCGCCCAGAAGGCCGAGGCUGACAACCUCGAGACAUAUCUUGACGGUGAGAAAGAAGAGGAAGAUCGCGUUGAUGGCAAAGCGCCUUUGGAGGUCGAAUGGGUUUUGGGUGAGGACACACAGAAGAUCCAGGGCGAAGCACGACAAAAUGAAGAAAUCCCUAGGGACACGACAGCAAAGGAAAACAGACACUACGAGCAAUAGAGCAACAGCCAAGAAAGUUUUUUUCUUCUUCUUCUUCACCACCAGCGAGCGAUGAGCACUUUGAAGCACCUGAGGAAACAGAAGGAGCUGCAGGUGUGGAAAAAAUGACCUUUGGCCAGCUUACCAUUGCCUCGCUUUGUCCGUCAUUUUCAAGCCAAACACCGAGGCGAGCUCAAUCUGUGAGUCCCCUGGUGAUUUGUCACUGAAAAUGUCUGAGAAACCGGCGGCCGUCCUGCGCUUUGCCCGGAGAUUCAUGAUAGCGGGACGGCGGUUUUGAGGAGUGGUUGACUUUUUCAGCCUUCUGGCCGUCCCAACGCGUGAGCGCCGCUUCAACCGCCUUUGCGCGGACCUCAGCUGAUGAGAGGUAGAAAAAUCAUCCAUCGACGAAAACAGGACAAGACAUAUUACCUUGUUGUGCGUACCAGCUCUUUUUGGUAGUCAUAGGCCGCGGCGGCUAGUUGAUCGAUUAGUCGACUAAGGCCCUGGUUCUUCGUGUUGACCGAUGUCAACACUUCAUGACACCCUCGUGCAUGCUUGAUCAACGCCAGAGUGUCCUGUGCAGCCAGCUCAGCCUGGGUAGCCUUGCCCGUCGAAAGGCUACCCACCUUGACCGUGCGGCGAAGGGCCGUCAUCUUCCUGAUCCUAUCUGCCAGCCCGCUGAUGGCCUUGUUCUUCAUGUCUCCAGAUGUGUUUGUCGUCCUCCUCGAUUCUCCCCGCUUCGAUGGAGCCGCACUCGAUGACACGUCAACCAUAUAGUUGCUCACCCUCUGCUGGCUCUGCUUGGGGAACAGAUGACCGCUGAACCAGCCCCGUAUCAUCGAACUGAGUCUCUUUCCAAUCUCCCGCACCGAGCCUCUGACGCCUGUAGGAAUCGAUGCUCUUUGAGUUGCUGAGUUCUCAUGAGCAGCUGGCAGAGACACAGGUGGCUGGCUUGGCGGCUGUAGCUGCUGAAGUCGUUGUGCGUCUCCGAAGGGAAUGGGAGAAGAGCGGAUGUACAUGUAUCUGUGCUGUCUUGUUAAGGCUGAUACUCUUCUUGUCCUCGAGACCUUCACAUGCGGGCCAUCAAUGUCAAUCACGACCUCAGAAAUGAUACGUCUCUUUCUCUUCUUGCGGGGUAGAGUGAGGUUGAGCUCGUCUUCGGCAGGAUCCUUUGUGAAAUGAUGAUACUUGUGAGCGGCAUACUCUGCAUAGCCGUUGCUGUCAUCGUCCUCACUUUCGUCAGACCCCUCAGUGCAGCUGCCGUCGUCCUGCGACUCAUCGUUUGGUAUGGGGAUCUCCAGCCAUAGCUCCCCAACUGAAGCAUCCUCGUCCUCACUGUGAGUUGUCGGCGGCUUGGCCAU